AUUAUAAUCUGUGCUCUCAUCGCUGGCGUUCAGUUGACGGCUGCUUGAAUUUUUUUUUAUAAAAUUGCCUGAAAUAAAUAAUGAAAGACAUGAAUUCCGCAAUUAAGAAUAACAUUUCUGAAUUAAUAAAUUUAGCAAGGAAAUUCAAUUGCUUUUAUUUAUCAGGACUGCAUCAAGGAAUAUGUAAGCCGUUUAUGGUUGCUGGACACCAGGUGGGACUAAUUCGCCCCGAUGUACUCAAAUACUUGCAGAGAUUCCCAGAGGUAUUCAGGAUCACAGGAAAAUAUGUAGAACUUAAUCCUGCAUUUAGAGACUAUCAGGAAAGGACAUCCAAAGUAGCUGAAGUAUUAGACAGCUUAAGAAAGGAAAAUGAAAUAUGUGCACUUAAAGGUUGGCGAGAUGAGUGUUUUGAAGUCAGCACCCCAUUCCACCAUGAGAGUUUAUUGGAGAUGGACAGGAGUGCUGUGUGUCUCUUUGGCAUAAGGAACUAUGGCAUCAGUGUGAAUGGCUACCUGUUCCACCCAUCUAAAGGUCUUUGUAUCUGGCUACAACAGAGGAGCUUUACUAAACAGACAUGGCCUGGUAAAUGGGAUUGCUUUGUGAGUGGUGGUCUGGCGGUGGGCUAUGGAAUUCUUGAGACAACUAUAAAGGAGGUAGCCGAGGAAGCAUCUGUUGUGGGAGAGCUGGUGAAGAAACUCGUACCUGCUGGCUGUGUCAGCUUCUACUUCGAAAGUGAAAGAGGGCUGUUUCCAAACACAGAGUAUGUGUAUGACCUGGAGCUUCCACUAGACUUUAUGCCCAAGAACGCGGACGGCGAGGUGGAGACGUUCGAGCUGCUGACGGCGGAGGAGUGCGUGCAGCGCGCUCUGUCGCCGCACUUCAAGACCACCAGCGCGCCCGUGCUCAUAGACUUUCUCAUCCGGAGGGGCUACAUCAACCCUGAGAACGAGCCGAACUACCGGCACCUGGUGGAGCUGCUGCACGUGCCGCUGCAGACCAUCUACCGCUGCUCGCUCGCCGACCGCGACGUCAGCAACGGCGACCUCGCCGCCGCGCAGUGAGCGAGAUGGACGACUUCAACUGUUACCCUAUUCCAAUGUUGACAGGUGCAGGCUUCCUGCUAGUGCAUGUUAGCAUUUGAAUACUGCCAUCCUAUUUCUAAAAAACUAUUAAGUAUCUGAAAAAUCUAAUUUUUGAGUUAUCACCAAAAUGUGUGUAUUUUCAAAAACUGAUGUUUCGAAAAAGUAUGCUUCGUAGGUGAUUAGUCUGGUUUUAGUUUGGUCCUAUGCAGGAUUCUUAAUUAGAAAUAUCAGAAAAUUCGCAUGAAUUUUGGCGAUAAUCAAAACUACUUUACAAGAAACCUCUUUUUAGAAAUAGGAAGUCAGAAUAAUACCUAGUUUCAUUGUAUUACUAUUGUAUUCGUUUUCAAAUAAUUUUGGACACUUUUUUUCGCUGGGCGAUGAAUACAAUCUUUUUAUUAUAAUAUAGCAAGGACAUUCUGGUCAUUUUUCAUUAUUUGUAAAAACAAUUUUUUUUGAAGUAAAAUGUCUUCAGGCGCGAUUUGAGAGAAACUCUUAUCUUUUUGAUUAUCAAAAAUGAGAACCAAAUAGAACGGCUGUUUGAAGCCGCCAUCUUUUAUUAAGGUAUUUUAAACUACCAUUAUUAAUAGUAGAUUAAACAUUCCAUUGUUUACUUACUAAGGACUCGCUUUCAAAAUUACUUGUGACAUUUUACUUAUUUUUUUUUUUAAUAUUAUUAAUUAGUAAUAUCUGAAGAACUUUUACUUCUUCUGCGCCUAAAAGUUACACGUAUUAUGUCUUUUUUUCAUUAUUUAUGAUAGUUUACAUGCCCGCUCUAUACCCGCACCGCAAAUGGUCCUGGACACGGGUAUGGCGUCCGCACUUUACACGUUCCCCGCACAAUAUUCUCCUGGAUCCCUGCUAGUUCGCAGCUCCUUUUGUCGUGAACCAGACUGCGAAAUUUUGAGCAAAGAUCACGCGCAAAUCGCGAGCAAAAUCAUGGCGAGUGUAGUGCGGGCUUUAAACAUGCGUGCCAUGGUUGGAGAAAAUCACAAUUAAUAAAAAUAUGUUAUUCUAAAUAGCAGAGUUUAGAACUUGAAAAAAAUCUUUUAUUAUUACACUUUUGAGGUAUAUUUUCAUCUCAGAAAGAGUUUGCUGUAGUAUAAUAAAAAUAACGUGUAUUUAAUAAUAGGGGUUUGCCGACUGGAAAAAAUAGCCCGAUUUUAGUGAUGUUCUUAAUUAGAAUAAUUAUUGGUAAUUAUUAAUUAUCUGUACCUCGUCUUAGACGAUCCGAGUGGGUACAUUAAUUCGUAUUAAUUAUUUAUGGCCUAAUUUAUAAAAUCUUAAUUUCCGAUUUUACUUGGGUAGACUGUAAGUAUUGCCUAAGUAUUGAAUUAUUGAGAUUGGUUUUAAUUUCUCGUGUAAGGUGUAUAUUGACCAAGUCCUUGUAAUAAUUAUUGUGUAGUUUAAAGCUAGGCGCACUGCUUGAGUUAGGGCGGCCCGCACCGUAACGCUUUACUGAUAAAUGAUAAUAUCUGCAAUUAAAACAAUAUCGGUGCUUAAUAUACCGAUAUUAUUAUCGGCACUCAUACCGGUACGCUUGUCUAGUGAUAAUAACGUUCCAGCGUGUACGUUGCGGUGCGAGCCGUGCCAGGUGCGCGAGCUUGUAUUGGGAAUUAUUAGACGCCACGAUAGUUUAGCUAGGGAUGUUUAAUUUCUGUGAUACUUUACCAGUUGGGUAUAAGGAUUUUUGUAUGUUAAUUUAGUUGGAUUGAUUACCUCUUUACUGCCUUUUGCGAAGCGUAUUUAUUGUUUUAUUGUUUAAAUAAUCAAGAUUACGGAGCAGAUUACCGGUUAAUCAGUUUGAUCACGUAUUUUUGUUAUUCACUCUCAUCAAAUGAAUCCAUAUCUAGUCAUAAUUAUUUUACAACU